AUGGAGACUCGUUGGUCUGCGGACGCGGCAGAUGUACCUCGAAGUCUCCAAAAUCUCUCCCUGUCUCAAGGAUGGAACACUAGGCCUGAUAUAACUUAUAAUGUUCAACACUUGAGCCAAUACAUUCAAAGUCCUACAGAUAGUCACCUAAAAGCAACAGUACAUGUGUUGAGAUAUUUGAAAGGAAAUUUAUCUCUAGGCAUCUUUCUAUCCAACAGCACAAAUUACAGAUUAAGAGCCUUUUGUGACUCUGAUUGGGCUUCUUUCCCUGAAACUAGAAAGUCUUUUCGUGGUGAUAUAGUGUUACGUGGUGCUAGCCCAAUCACUUGGAAAUCAAAGAAACAAUCUACUAUUUCCUUGUCCUCGGUUGAGGCUGAGUAUAGAGCAGUCAGAAAAGUAGUUGGAGAACUGAUUUGGCUUGCACGAUUGCUUGAGGAACUCACUUACCCCUUUCUCUGCCCAUACCUGUCUUUUAUGACAGCCAAGCAGCACUUCACAUUGCAAAGAAUCCAGUCUUUCAUGAGCGGACCAAGCAUAUAG